UUUUAGUCGAAGUGCAUGACGAACACGUGAUGCGUGGCGGUACAGCGGUCUUCCAGUGCGAAACCCCGCUCUGGAGUGAUUAUGUCAAGAUCACUGGCUGGACACAAGGGUCACAGGCCAUAGUUCAAGGAGGUCGCUUUAGUAUGACGUCAUCAGGUGAGCUACACGUGCGUGAUGUCAGAGACUCGGACGCCUACAUCGAGUUUCGUUGCACCGGAACCAGCGAUGUGACUGCAAAACAGAAGAUAAGCGAAGCAGCGAAGUUAGAGAUACAUGAUCCCCCGGCAGGCGGCCAGAGCCCGACUAUCGAUGCAUACCCUACCGUGACGGAGACGCCAGUAGGAGCUCCCUUGUUGCUCCCUUGUGUCGCCACGGGCUGGCCCUUGCCCACGUACAGGUGGUACCGAAAUGGUUCUCCACUCAAUGUCAGUGAAUCAAGGUACGUCCAGAUGGGAGGUGACAUAUUUAUCCAGUCCACCCAGGCGGCUGACGGGGGCGAGUACUUGUGUAACGCAAGCAACCCGCGAGGGUACGCAGUGGCCAGUAGGGUCCUAGUAGUUAUAGAGCCGCUAAGUAUUUCAAUAGAACCCGGUCACCAAGUUCAAGACUCUGGCAAAACGGCCAUCUUGAAUUGCUCAAUUACUGGUUCCCCUAUUACCAGCGUCAUGUGGUACAAGGACGGAAACAUACUGGAACAAGACGCACGACUGGUGUUCAAGUCGAGUACCCUUUUGGAAAUUCGUGGGGUGUCCAGGCACGACCAGGGCAUGUACCAAUGCUUUGCACUCGGGACCAACCGAGAGAGCCAGUCUGCCGCACAACUUCUUCUAGGAGAUGCUCAACCAACAAUCGUUGACGGAUACAGCGACCGAUCCGUGCAGAAGGAACAGAGAGCGAGCGUCCGCUGCAUCGCUUCCGGGAACCCGACACCGGAAGUCACUUGGACGCUUGAUGACCAGCCACUCACGGGGAGGGGUCAUGUGAGCGUCGGUUCCUUCGUGGCGCCCACCGGUGACGUGUACAGCUACGUCAACAUCAGCAGCGUGUCGCUAAUGGAGGGCGGGGAAUACCGGUGUAUUGCUAAAAAUAGAAUCGGGACGGCCUACCACGUGUCACGACUGAAUGUUUAUGGCGAGCCGUACAUCCGAGAGAUGGCGAACAUCACGGCGACGGCCCAUGAGAACCUCUUCAUCAAGUGUUACGUGACGGGCCACCCGAAACCGUCAAUUUCCUGGUGGAAAGACAACCGUGCCCUGCCGGUGAACCACUUUCAGACGGUCAUAGACAACACGCUGACCAUUCAAAAGGUGCAGAAAAUAUACGAUGCCGGAAAAUACACUUGCAUGACCCAGAACGAGGCCGGCAUGGGGAUGCAACGUAGCGUGUUCGUCAGCGUGGUCGAGCCUCCGGUGAUUGACCCGUUCCGGAUCCCUCCCCGGAAGCAGGGGGACAGACUGACCCUCUCGUGCGCGGUCAGUAGCGGCGACCUGCCUAUCUACAUCUCCUGGACUAAGGACUUCAAGCCCAUACCCCCGCACAUCGGCAUCUCCGUAGAGACAUCCGGAUCAUAUAGCAGCUUGUUGAAGAUUGAUGACGUCAGUCCGCUGCAUGACGGGAAUUACACGUGUCACGCUCACAACGAGGCUGCGAGGACAAAUUUCACCGCUCUUUUGCACGUGGAUGUGCCAUCGAGCUGGAUCAUUAAACCGGAGGACACAUCUGUCAUUCGGCUGAACUCGGUCGUGAUCGACUGUCUCGUGACGGGUAUACCGGAGCCGAGCGUGACGUGGAGCGAACAGAAAGACAAUGCGUACGUGCAGCUGGACGUUACAGACCGCCACUACUCGGUGUUUCCCAACGGCACGCUCAAGAUCGACACGACCGUGGAGGAGGACGAGGGAAACUACUUGUGCAAGGGCGACAACUCGGUGGGCCACCCCAUCAGUCAGAUCAUCUACCUGAAAGUGCUCGUGCCAGCUCGUUUUGACGUCUCCGAGAAGAACUAUACGGUCGUUCGAAAUAACAACAUCACCCUGGACUGUCAGGCGAUAGGCGAUAAACCACUCUCAAUGUCCUGGAACUUCCGCAAUAGAACCAUGGGAACGGGCAAAAUAGACAGCCGGAAUACCAUUUCGGUACAAAACACGACGCGCGGCAUGCUGUCACAGCUGACCAUCCAUCCGGCGGCACGUGGCGACACGGGCGUGUAUACGUGCACUGCGGCCAACGAAGUGGCGGGAAAACAGGCACACGAUUCCACAACCAUCUACCUCACUGUGCUAGAACCCCCGGAUGCGCCCGGCAACCUGACGCUGGUGGAGCGCGGCAGCCGCUCCGUGGUCCUUGUGUGGUCCCGGCCCUUCGACGGCAACUCACCAAUCAUUGAGUACAUCAUUGAGUACCAGAACAACUCGGGUGCAGACCGCGGUACGGUUCUCAACACGACUGUAGGCGGAAAUGCGCUCACGGCGACGGUUGUCGGUCUCCACCCGUCCUUCCUGUAUGACCUGCGCAUCCGGGCGCGGAACGCCGUCGGUCUCGGGCUAACAAGUCAUCAGGUGUCCACGAAACUGCUCGAGGAAGCCCCUAACGGCCCUCCUACAGAGGUCAAGGUCAUCGCCCUGGGGUCUCAGAAAUUACAGGCUACGUGGAAGCCUCCAGCGCUUGAGCAUCGGAACGGCGUAAUCCUUGGCUACUACAUCCGUUACCAGAAGACACAAAACGGAACCGCGCAGAGCAUUAGCAGAUACCUUGUUCCUGGAGUGGAUGACCCUCUAGGAGAGGUCAAGGUUGAAUUGAUCAAUCUGGAGAAGUUCACGGAGUACAAGGUGUGCGUGCGCAGCUUCAACCGAGAAGGUCAAGGUCCCGACUCGCCACAGGUCACUGUAAAGACCCUCGAAGACGUGCCCAGUCAGCCUCCGGAAGACGUGCAGGCGUACGCGCUGAGCUCCCAGUCUAUCAGCGUCUCCUGGAGUCCCCCGCCAUUCUUCAGCCUGCACGGGGUGCUACAGGGAUACAAGGUCCUGUACAAGCCUGACCGACAGAACGAAGAUGAGUCUGACGCGAGUUUCCUAGCGGCGGGCGGCCUCGACACUGUGAUUUCUGACCUUGACCGCUACACGAACUACAGCAUCCAGGUGUUGGGUUAUACCCGCAAGGGGGAAGGCGUCAGGAGCAGCCCUAUCUAUGUCCGCACGCUUGAAGACGUGCCGGGGAGGCCGGCGGGUAUCAAGGCAUAUCCGGUGAACAGCAGCAGCGUCAUGGUCUCCUGGCGACCACCGGUGCGCGAGAACGGCGUCCUUACCUCAUACAGCGUCUACUAUUGCAACACCUCUACCAGCGCGCAGGUGAUGGAGGUGGAAGUCCCGCCGGAGUUUAUGUUCUUCCUGCUUCGUGACCUUGAGGUGGGCGUGGAUUACUGGGUCAGAGUGGCGGCCAGCACAAGGAUGGGGGAGGGGGACAGCACGCAGAUUGUCACUGUCACGCCCGUCAAUAAUGCCCCUGCGCGCAUCACCAGCUUCUCCCGGGAGGUCGUCGUCUCGUUCCAGGUCAACGUCUUGUUGCCAUGCAACGUCGUCGGCGAUCCAACGCCGACAGUCACGUGGUCGUCAAGAUACGGAGUCAUAGACAACGCGGACCGACACUCGGUGCAAAGUAAUGGAAGCUUGCUAAUGGUGGCCGUCAUUGGGACAGACGCUGAUAACUAUACAUGCCGCGCGGUCAACCAGUACGGAAGUGACGUCAUUACGUACAGUCUUAGCGUCCAAGUCGACGCUAACAGUCGAACGCCCCCGAAGGCACCUAUUUUGUCACUUGCGCCUGUCACGUCGUCAACGAUUCAGGUGAACUGGCUAUCCAGAAGCAACGGCGGAAGUACCAUAAUAAGCUACCUGUUGCAGUACCGGAAGGACCACGACAGCUGGCGGGAGGUUGUGCUGGGUCCGCGUAACCGGACGUUCACCUCUGCGGGUCUCCUGUGUGGCACCGGAUAUAAAUUCUCCAUCACCGCCCUGAACGGCGUCGGGCGCAGUGAGCCUAGCAACGUCAUCGACACGAAAACACUUGGUGGACCCCCAAUAGCGCCGACACAAGAUGAGCUGUUACGCAGCGUCAACGCGACGUCGGUGGAGCUCGACUUCCGGUCGUGGCAACGUGACGUAUGUGGUAUCAACUAUUUUUCCAUACGCUACCAGAUAUGGGGUGAUACACAGUGGGUCCAAGUCAACAACAACAUUAACUGGAAUACGACGGUGCAUGUGGUGGAGGACCUAAAUCCAGCUACUCGAUAUUCCAUGAAGGUCACGGCCUACAGCGAUGCCGGCUCCACAGAGUGUCAGCUCGUGUUCGGAACGCUCACUUUCUCCGGAAGUGUUCUAGAGCCGUUGUUCGUGACGCACAAUGACGAAACAUUAUUCUACGAGAAGCUCUACAUCAUGGCGCCUCUCAGUGCCGCCUUCGUCGUCCUGAUCGUUGUUGGGGUCGGCGUGGCACUGUUCUGCGUGCGUCGACGUCAGGUCAUGCGCUACAAAGAGAACAGCUCCAACAUCAGGCGGGACAUCACCGCCGAGACGUCGCUGAUGAACGACCUUGACAAGCGGCUCAACUUCGUCAGCGGCGACAGCCCCGGCGACCCACGGCUCAACCGAAACGUCAACCUGCUAAUCUCGCUACACAGCGACGACAACCUGUCCGGUCACCACAGUCCAUGGGGGUUCCAUGACGUCAGCAAGACAAACAGCGAUAACGCCUCCCUUGAGCAAGAUGACGAGGACGCGAACAUCAACCCUUACGCGACGUUCAACGACCUGAAGCUGGUGUUCAACGAGAACCCCAAGUACCACAAGGCGGACCCGGAGUACUGCGAAGACUCAAUCAGCAUAGAGAAGGCCGAGGCGCAGAAAGCGAUGAUGGCCCACUGCGACACUAAAAAGCCGUCCCGUGGUGCCAGGAGGCCGCCGGGCCCGCCCACCACUACCGCAGAGACGCACAGCUAUGAUAACCAAGCGGUGAUGCUGAGUCCCCGGAAGUACGCGAGUGCGGAACAGAUCCACGCGCUGUUCACCAUGGCACCGCCCCGCCCCCAGAGCGCUUACAGCAAGAACAGAUCCCAGGGUACAAGGAGCACACCAAGCGAAAAAGGGAGCCAGCGUCACAGCCUGAUCUCCAGCGUGACCACGGUGUCCAGCUCACGUGACGAGCUCAUGGAGGCGUUCGAGAACCUGACGCGCAACCCGCCGCCUCCCGUCGUGUACGAGACAGAGGCCGACUCCCUUUCGCAGCCCACCGACAGCUCAAGUACGGAGCCCGGUAUAUGCUUGUUCACGGAGUCGCCACCACAACCUAACGAACGGAGGGAAGCAUCGUGCGAGGUGCCCAGAUAUGAGUCCCCAGAGAGUGUACACUACACAGAGCCGUUGCCCACCAUCCCCAAGCCCGAGGAAUACAUGGACUCCAGAGCAGUGGACCCCCGGGCGUUCGACCCUCGCGCCCUAGACCCCAGGGCUUUCGACCCCCGCUCUCUGGAUCCCCGGGCCGUCCCGCGUAGAGCUCCCAGGCAGCACUGCGCCGUACAGAAGAUGAAGGACCCUUUGUGCCCAUCCAGGGGCACAUCGAGGGUUAACGCCCGUCCGAACUGUAUCGAGGAAGUGACGUACACGUUUAGCGAGGACGACUCGCCGAUACGGAGCCGGAAGCCGUACUCAUUCGACGAGAAAUUGCGCUCUGUAAGGGAGGAGCGGUCUGCGUCCGUCUGGAGGAAAGGCGGUCGCCGCACCCCGCACGCGCGCACCCGCUACGACACGAUGAUCCAGACACCUGGCGCGGCAGACGACAAACCGUUGGUGUCUGCACAAGUGAUGGCGCCUCAGGAUGAGACGCCGGAAGAUGAGGAAUCCGUCAGUCUUCUAGAAAGAUUUUACAGGCCAGUGGCCGCGCGGAGGACAGUGGGGGUUUUAGAACUUGACGAAGACAGUGAUUACACGGAGAAUUUCACUGUCGUGUGAGAGUAUUGGACGACUGGGUGCAAUGUUUUGAACAACGUUAAACACUGCAUACUAUGGCAUUCCUUUGACAUUCGAAAAGUGUGUAUCUCUACUUAAAAAAUGAGAUCUUAUUGCAUAAUGAAUGUCAGUGUUAACAUAUACUUGUGGAAUGUAUGUUGGCGAAACCUUUUUAAACAUUUGAAUGUGGUUCCUCAACGGUUUGAUGUAUAAACAGCGAUCGUGAUUACACCAGUUAUUGUAUAAUCCCACUCAAAAGAAUCAAAGCUUCAAAUAUCAAAUAAAAAUCAGUAAGAGUCAAAUAUAUAUUCAAUCGCUGAAAAAUAUUUUAUGCGAUGAACAAGAAGAAUAAUAUAUCAUGCAAUCGUAUUAUGAUCUACCAGUAUUUGACGCCUAAUGGCCCAUGCAGGACGUGGAUAUAACAAUGUCAACACAUAGAUUACACUACUUACUCUACACAGGCUCCAAUAAAAUCACUAUUUCCAUAACAUUUGUGCCAAACAGAUUCUGGAAACCUAUUAGCGCAUCCAAUGCGAUUUCAAGACGUGUGGAUUCAACAAGGCGUUAUGAAAGAAGUCAAGCAGUUGAGCGACACAAAAUAUAUUAAUGUAGACAAGGUUGUGAAAAAUAAUAUUUGUUUUUAUUAGCGUAUUGUUAUAAACAUCCAAGAGUCUACAUAGUAUAGAUUUAUUGGAUAAUGUAUUGGUUAACAAGCUAUAUUUGAGCCUUGUUCUGAGAA